CCUCCUACUUUGGCAUCUGCGUUUGGCUGGUGCCUUUCGCUCUGUUCGUCAGCUUGUCAGCCAGCGACAACGUCCUCCCCACCAUGGGCAGCGAAACACCCUACCAGCAGGCCGAUGGAAAGAACAAGCGACAGGGCAUGGUCAAGGCGCUGGUUGACUCUGUUACCGGCGGCAUCGGUCAGGUUGUUCAGUCAGUCGGCUUGCAGCAGCGGUCUGGAAACGCGUGGAAUGACUGAGCGGAUGAAAUGUGAGGAGACGUUCGAUGACGUAUGUAAGGUGGAAUUAAAAUCACUUCUAGACCAUCUAUUGCCUCCGCGGCGAACAUCAUUCAACACAAGACCAACCAGAAUCAAGCCGCACGCGCUGGCCAUAUGGACCCCUCGAAGGCGAGUAGUGCUUCCCUCUGAGGUCCUAGCGUGCCACUCUACCUGCUACCACGGCCGUGGUCGAUGCGUGCUGUGGUGCAGUACACGACUCUCUGCCGGAUGCUGUGAGUGGACAGUACCCCCCAUUGUGCGAAUGCCUGUAUCUGAGACCAGACGGCACGAUGGGGAACUGCCAGUGAAGGUCCUGUAUCGUAUUGAGCCUCAUCAUGGGGCGCGCUCGGUUGGUCUUGACUUUUCUUGCGAGCUUCAAUCGAACCAAGAUGAGCUGGCUGACGGUGUUCGCGUCCCAAGCGAAUAUUCACCGCUUGAGCAAAUAGACAUGAUCUAGUCUUGACCCAAAUAAACUACAAGCCCGGUCAACUC